UACAGCUGUGGCUCCUUCCCUCUACCGGUCCUUGUUGGGCCCCUCAUCGGAGGCUGCACUCUCAGACUGGGGUACUCCACCACUGCACUAGGUCCCCGGAGGCUGCCAGGGAGAGAGAAGGGACCAGAGGAGAUGGAAGCAGUGCAGGAGAGUCAGCAGCAGGUGUCGGAAGCAUUGCAAGAAUACGAGUCUCUAGACCGCCAGCUGGACCAGCUGGCGGACUACAUGAGCGUAAUGGAGAGCAGAAGUGAGCAGCUCACGCAGGACGCUAGACAGUUACUACAGGAAGUUAGAGAAGCCAGAACGUCGCGCCAAAACGGAGCAGCAGCGACCGAGGCAGAAACUGAUUGAGAUUACUUAUAUACUUAUCAAUGUCAGAUCAUCCAUUCAUAGAUCAAUACAGAUUGUACUAUAGGUGCUAACUCCAAGUCUCUAACUGUAGUCUACAGGAAGCAGUGAGGGAGGCCAUGUAGGCCCGAGCCUCAGUUGGGUCCAGACCUCCCCACUUCUCACACACUGACUGCAGAGCUUGCUGCACAUCUUGCGGCAUCCGUUUUGCAUU